AUGCCAUUUUCAGAAAAGUUAGUUUCCAUCAAUAUUGCUAAUCCCAAGAGUGAUGUUAAGGGUCAAUAUAUUACUCGACAUGAAAAUACCAUCAAGAAUUUAUCCUAUAUUAUGAUGUGGUAUUUUUUCUCAACUUCAUUAUCACUCUACAACAAAAACCUGAUGGGUCGAGAUCGAUUCAACUUUAACUUUCCUUUACUCGUCAGUUCGAUUCAUGCAGGCUUACAUUUUAUGAUCACCAGCAUCAUGAUGUGGUUUGGAGGGAAUCGAUGGAAUAGUGGUUUGUCAAGCUCGAUGUCAAUAUAUGAUUAUUUAUUUAAAGUCGUCCCUUGUGGUGUUGCAGCAGCAGUUGAAAUAUGCUGCUCUAAUGCCUCACUUGUAUAUAUCACUCUUUCAUUCUAUACCAUGGUUAAAUCAAGUACGCCCAUUUGGGUGUUGAUCUUUUCAUUCCUCUUUGGAUUUGAAAAACCCAAGUUUUUACUCAUCAGCAUCAUACUGAUUAUGGUCGCAGGUGUCAUCUUGACAGUCGAAGGAGAGACUAAAUUCGAUACCCUUGGAUUUUCCCUUGUGUUGGUAGCAUCGAUCGUAUCUGGUCUACGGUGGAGUAUGACACAGCUACUGUUACAGCAUGAACGACUGGGUAUUGAUAAUCCUAUUGCCACCUUGUAUUAUCUCAGUCCGAUCAUGUUUAUCACUAUGCUUACACUCAGCUUGAUACUGGAGCAUCCGUUGGAGCAGUUUCAACAUUCGAAGCAUUUUGAUACAAUUUCACAUGUUGUCGAAUCGCUUGGGCUCAUGUCGAUUGGUGGAUUUUUGGCAUUUGCAAUGACAUUAGCUGAACUCUACUUGAUCAAGAACACAAACACCAUCACGCUGAGUGUAGCAGGUAUUAGCAAGGAAAUUGUAAUCAUCACGUUAUCUGUCUUGAUCUAUGGUGAUGUUUUGACUCCCAAGAACCUUUUAGGGUUAUUUGUGUCCAUUGUUGGUAUUAUUGCAUACAACUAUUAUAAACUAUCCAAACAAGCUGAUACAGAAAAAGGACAAUAUCAAAUGAUCCCUCUUCAUGCUUCUUCAUCUGGAUUUACGCCAAGUAGAAACCUUGAGGAUUAA